CUUCCUCCCACUUUUCAUAAAAAAACACACCCCUCAAUCUUUUUCAAAUCCUUAAGGGUGAAGUAAACCAAAAAGAUCCAACUUUUUCCCAAGAUUAUAUGUGGGCUUUCUGUUUAUGAUUCUAAAUAAUUCAUUUGAAUGUUACCCACAUACCAUCAUGGAUAACUUCAAUCACAAACCAUUCACCAUGAGCAGAACUUUUUCUGAAAUUGAUUUUGAAGAGUUGUUUAAGCAGUCAAUGGGAAGUGAUGCUGAUCACCGGGGUCACCCGCCUUCGGAUGGGUUGUUUUCGGCUGCAGAUAGUGUUGUUUUUAGUAAUGAUGAUAGCAAAAACUAUGCUGCUGGUUGUUCUCUUGAUGUUGCUGUUCAGUAUAGAAAUCAGGAGAAUCUAAAUAGGUUUUCAACUUCUGGCGGAAUGCUCGGUAACUCUAUAUGGUCUCAGAAUAUUAUUCCACAGAACUCUAGUGUCACGAUGACAAUGGAUGCUCAGUCCUCGAUUUGUGCUGAGAGCCCAACUUCAGAAAUCAAACCAAUAAGGCGGGAUAACAACGCCAUCGGGACAACUAGUGAUGAAGAACAAUCAGACUAUGAUCCAGAGAUUGAAACCGGCCAAUGUGAACAGAGCAACGAUGUAGUGGAUGUAAAAAGGAUCAAAAGGAUGGUUUCAAACCGAGAAUCUGCUAGGCGCUCAAGAAGAAGAAAACAAGCACAUUUAACAGAUCUUGAGCAACAAGUGGAAAAGCUACGAGCAGAGUACUCAGUUUUGUUCAAGCAACUCACGACUGCUACGCACCAAUACAAUGAUGCUUCAACCAACAACCGAGUGCUCAAGUCAGAUGUGGAAGCCUUGAGAGCUAAGGUUAAGUUGGCUGAAGAUACCUUGGCCAGGGGUUCAUUAACAUCUAGCCUGAGCCACCUUAUUCAGAACCAUUUAACCACUCCCCAAAUGUUCAACUAUCAAAAUGUGCCUAGAAUGGGAAACGUCUCUCCAACCAUAACCGUUUGUGGGGAUGACCAUAGACCCCACUCUGGCCUACACGUUCCCGGGCAACAUAUGAUGGCUGGACUAGGUGUUGAGCCUGACAUCUUUAAUGGUAAUGCGAACAGUGGUAUAAGCAGCGAUGGUGGAAGUUGUGUAACUGAAAUGUGGCCUCAGGAUGCUCAUAGUCCCGUUUGAACAUUAAAUAAAAGGGAUUAAUGUUUUAGAACCUUCUCGUUUGUUUGUGUUCUUUUCUGUUUCUUUUGCGUAAUCUUAUUGUAAUUUAUGUAAUGCUUGUAUGAACUUAAUCUUGUGACAUGAUCUUGGUGAAGUAUAUUUUGGUUUUA